GUGUCGCGGCGAACCGCGAUUGCUUCAGGAUAUGAGCACCAAACGCAAAAGCUCGGCCUCGGCCGGGCGGCAGAACCCACUCCCGGCCAAGCGAGUUCGCAGCACCGAUGCCACGGAAUUCACCGGCGCCCAGUUCAAAUUCCUUAUCCGCGAUUCCAGCACUGCGAUGAAAGGUUUGGAAACGUUCAUAGCCAAAGCUAAAUUACUACCGUCAAAUGAACAAUAUGAUGUAGUGGAAGGAUACAUAAAAGUUUCUAUUGAAUGUGUAGAAAUUUUUAAACUUCUGGAUGGUGAAAGGCGUCCUGACAGUGAGAUGCUGCUAAUUUUUCAAGCUCUAGAAAAUAUUUUGCUGAGAACAGCAAGUGAUCUGUCCCAUUUUCGUGUUGUGGGGAUGAAUAUAGUAAAGAAGUUGAUUAACAGUUAUAUGAAAUUAAUUUAUGCUGCCUUGUAUUCUGAAACUCAUAGACUGUCUCGUUUGUGUCUAACUUUGCUAUCAGCAAUGGUAACACAGGGACCAGAUGCUGCCAGAGAUGUUUAUAGCCACUUUGAUUUCAAUAAUAAAUUCUUACCUAAUUUAGUGAAGAAGAGAGACUAUAAGGGUAAACCUGAUAUCCGUACUGCAUACAUCCAAUAUGCCAUUUCCUUUUUAAUUGCUGGCGACCAUUCUAUCCUUGUGCAGGUUCUGGAGUUAAAAGAUUUCAUUCCAGAUAUUAUUAGGACAGGGUUAAAAGAAGAUAGAAUUUCCACAAUAAACCUCCUGCUUUCAACUUUGGAAACUAAGGUGGUUCUCAAUAAAGAUGUAAAUAAGACCCAGAAGGUACACUUUUUUACCUCAGAAAUACUGAACCACAUUGCUUCACUCUAUCGCUGGAAUGGAAUUACUGAUGUCAGCACAGUGGAUGUCAAGGCUUCCCAAGAGUGUGAAGAACCAGGAAAGCUUUUAGUGAGAGAACUGGUUCAUAAAUUUUUAAUGAAUCUUUGUUGUUCUCUGAAACAUGGCAUUAACUUUUAUGAUCCAAGUCUUGGCACGUCUGGCAGAGGAGGUAAUUUGGUUCUGCUGCGCUUUCUUCUGAGUCUAAAGACUGCUGUAGAAGAUGAGAUGAUUGCUGAUCUUAUGGUGAACAUUUUCAAAAUAUGCCCAGAUUUACUGAACAGAUACUUUAAGGAAACCCAGUAUUCUUUUGUUCCAAGACUAAAAUCUGCAUGGCUAGACAACAUGAAAUUGCUGAGAAAGAUCUAUGAAGCUCAGCCAGAAGUUUCCAAUGCUUUUAAAACCACUGAGUUUAUUCCACUUCCUAAAUUGCUUUCUAUGGUGAAAGUGACUACAGUACCUGCAGUGUGCAAUAAAGCCAUGUUUACCCAAGGUUUAAAUCUUUUACCAGAUAUGACUAGCAUAAUCGCCGUCUGGCAGUCCUUACUAAAACAAGAUAAGUCUCAAGAAGGACAGAAAGAGAAAGGAACAGAAGUUGCUUCUUAUAAGGAGGAAACAAAUGAAACAAACAAAGAGCAUGGCUUGGAUGAUAUAGAAAUCACUCUUCUGAAAGCUGUUUUACUUCAAGUUAUAUGCCUUUAUCAACAAGUUGUUCCUCACUUAGUAGCACAGAGCAACUUUGAUUUUAGCAAAUUAAUAAAAGGUAUUUUUACUGAAAAAGGAUUGCAACAGGAAAUUUGUCCUGUUCUGCAUUAUCAUAUUCUCAAACUGGCUCUUGAGCUGCCUGCAAAUAAGUUUUCCUGGUUCAGAAUACAGGAUGCAGCUGAGAAGGUUUGUGGUGACAAAUCUGUAUUUUACCUACUGAUGAAAAUGUUUGUCACCAGCCCCCAUUCACAGCUCAAAAUAGCAACCAAGAAAUUGAUUUUUAAGGUUUUGCACGACAGUGGAGUAUUUGAGUACACUGGGAAGGAACUUGAAUUGUGGCUCAGUCAUUUGGAUAAUACAGUUGAAGCCAAAAAGGAAGUCGUGAUUCAGUUUUUGGAAAGGGUCUUGGUCAAAGUAGUAACCAACCCUUAUCCAUAUACAGAUAAAGCAGCAGACUUUGUUCAAGAAGCAAGCAUUCUUCAGGUCAACUUAUUUAAACAAGAUGUUGAUAACAUCAGCAUACCCAUUUCUCAUAUUGAUGAUGUUCUAGAUAUGAUUGAUGUCCUUGUGGAAGAUAGUGAAGGUUUAAAUGAAGAAAUUGGUUGUACUUUAAGUGAAGACAUGAUUAUGAACACAUUUCCAUUUAGUGCAAUCGUCCCAGCUUCUUUAGAAGCAAGAAAUAAGUUACUUGUUGAUGAAAACACAAGAGAAGAAAGCAUUGUGGAAUAUCUCAUUGCUGUGUUCACUGACCUCCUGAAUUCUCAACGAGAUCCUUUAGCCCUUUGCCUGAUGUUUCAACACUACGAUAAAGAACUUCAGUCUGUCAGUGCUCAGCUUUGUCAGUUCAACUGUUACUAUAACCUUUGGAUACCACAACAAGCUAAGGAAGCCUUGUUCCAGCAAGACAGGAAAGAGAGUAUGGAUGAGGUGUGGUCAUCAGAUUCCUCAUUUUUCACCUUGUUAAAGAAUAGCUAUCAGAAAGGUGUUGCUGUUUUACUGGACGAGGAUAUUCAAACAAAGCUAAAUGAAGCUAUUUCCCAGCUCCAGCCUCAGCAGCUCUUGUUGGCUUUAAAACAUGUUCUUCUGUACCUAAAAACUACUGUGGAGAACUUCGGCAGUUUGAGCAAAAAUUCUGGCCUUUCCCUUGUUACUGUCUACAUGGAUUUGUUGAAGAGGUUGUUGCGCAAAGGUGAUGAUACAGAGUUGCAUGGUCAGCCUGAGCAGAAAAAUACCCAGAUUGAACCUGAACUUUUUAUGGAAGCAGAAAUUUUGAUACAAGACCCUGAGAAUGAGAAGGUCAUGGAAGAGAUGCUCUCUUUGGUCUUCAAACACCCUAUCCUAGAAAAUUGGUUCCUGGCUAUAGAACAACAUUCCCUCCCUCCACACAAUCUUAAUCCAAUUAAAGUGAAACAGCUUUCAAGUCAUCUAAACCGCAACAUUCUGGACUUGUUGAAAAUGAGUUGCCCAUUGCUACAACUUAGGAAUCAGCUAGAUAUACUCUGCAGGUAUUUUGAAGCCAUCACAAAGACUGUUUUGGAAGAGCUGCAAGCUGCUGCAAAAGAAGGAUGCAGAAUAUCUCCUAAAACAUCUCUGCAGAUAGAGGCUUUACAAGAACUGCACAUUUAUAUGAAUAUGAACCAACUGAGAGAAAUCAUACUACAACUUUGCAAGGCCAACCUAGCCACUUCAAAAUCUGAAACUUUAGCUGGAAAAAAAAUCUGUCUGAACGUUCAUGGGCAAACUUUGAUGCAGCUGCUCACAGAUGGCUACCAGAGAGGUUCCCUGAAAGGAGACUCCUUUUUUUCAAGAGAGCACAUUCAAGGAGUGAGCAUUCUAUUGUCUGCAUCUAUCACUGAAGAGUUGGAAAAGGUCUUUCUGUGUGUGAUACAGAAAGAGCCUAUCUUUGCCCAGGCAGUUGACAUUGAUGUGCAGCUUUUGUGCCUUAAGCGUUCCACAGAAAUUUCCCUUUCUAUUGUAGCUUUGUUGAUUCAAUACUCUCACACUCAUUUGCUACAUUUUGAGCUUUGGUGUCUGAAGAGUAGAACAAGCAAAUUUCUAAAAAUGAAUGCAGCCCUUUUUAUGACCCUUGUUAAUGUGUAUUUGGACUGUCAAGAGAAGCAACAUUUCAAAUGCUUAUCAAAAGCUGUUAAGUCUGUCUUGAGAGAAGCUUUAUGGCCAGAACUGCUGAAUAAUCUUUUGAAAGUGGAUUCAUCACAGCUAUCUACUAUGGAAUGCCAUGUUCUUUCUAAAUUAUUGCCACAAUCCGAUACAGAGGCCUUUACUGAUCUCACAGAAAAAUUAAUUCUAACUCUUGAGAGACUUGGAAAUCAUGAACAGUGGAUAAUUGCUGAUGCUGUAUCAAGAGCUCUCAAGACAUCUGCAGAAAAAAUACAUUCAUGGGAGAAACGCCUACUAGUUACCUGUAUGAAGUGGUUGAUCCUGUCCUUCAAUAGUAGCCAAGAGCAAGAAACACACUCAGAAGUGGAGAAUACCAUGCUAUUGAAACUAGAAAACCUAUUGAAUUCGGUAACUGAAGUGGUUCCAGACGACUGGAAUAGUUUUGUGAAGCUGGGGCUGAAGUAUCGUUAUAAAGACCAAACUUUCCUGAAAACUCUGAAUGCAGCUAUAAAUGCAUUAUACCAGAAAGAAAACUCUUUUAAAAAGAAAUUAACCAAACCUGAAGUGCUUUAUAUGAUGAUCACGCAGCAUUCACUGUUUUUGUCCACAAUGCUGAGACCACAAGAAGGCAGUGACAUGAAUGUUCAUCUAAGAGAGAUGUUAGUGAACCUCCUGUUGUCUCUUGUGAAACUCUGUCCUGUAGUUUGUGAGAGUAAUCAUUUUGCUGUGCUGCUUGGAGCAUAUGGUGCAACACUGAACGUUGCAGAUCAGAAGAUAUUGUUUCUACUUAAAUUAUAUGAAAAUAAUGGUCUAAGCCUUCUUGACUUCAGAAUAUUGCUUUGGGGCCCAGCUGCUGUGGAGCAUCAUAAAACAUGCAAAAGUUUGGGGAAGUCACUGUGGCAGCAACCAAGCAUGCAAGAAAUUAUGUGCCUGCUGGAUCGAGAAGUAAUGAUGAGGACCAUACUCCACUUCCCCCAGCAUCGAUGUCUUUUUUCCCCUGAGGUGCCUUGGACUUAACUGCAGAUUUCUGUU